GGGGCGGCCCAGCCGGGGCCCGGUGGGGGGGUUGGGGGGAGCCCCGGGGCCGCCCCGUCCCAGCCGCCCGCGCCCCCCCCGUCCCCCAGCAGAGCAGCGGUCAUGGCGAACCACCUCCGCUUCGUGGGCCGCACCGUCAUGGUGCAGAACGGCAACGUGGACGCGGCCUACAGCUCGCUCAACAGGAUCCUCACGCUUGAUGGCGUGGUGGAGGCAGUGAGGCGGCGGCGCUACUACGAGAAGCCAUGCCGGCAGCGGCAGCGCCGGGCCUAUGAGGAGUGCCGGCGGGUCUACAACGCCGAGAUGGCCCGGAAGAUCACCUUCUUGGCGCGGACCAACCGGCCAGACCCCUGGCUGGGCUGCUAGUGGGGAGCCCCCCUUUGAAAAGCUCACUCCCCAUUUCGUAACAGCUCCAAGGGGCAGCAUCAUGGCCCCCUAAUUAAUGAAGGGCAGAGGAGAGAGCACAGACACCCCCAAUUAAUAAAGGCUCCGGGGGGAACCACCCACCCCUUUAUAAUGGCCCUGGGAGGGGAGCCACCCCCCCAAAUUAAUAAAGGCCAGGGGAGGGGGGGGGGGGCACCACCCCUCCCCGCCCAACAAUAAAGGGCCAAGGAGGGAGCUACCCCACCCCCCCAAUUAAUAAAGGCUCCAGGGCCUUCCCCCCAAAAAUUAAUAAAAGUUCCCUUCCCUUUAA